CAAGCACCUCUGUACCUACCUGGUACCUAGGGGUGCCUGGACCAAGUACCACCAAUGCCACUGGCACCACAUUCGCCUUUAAUAAAAGUCCCGGCGGAUUGAUUGUGGAUCCGCAAUUCGGAAGGUGGGAGACAUGGAGCCAUGAAGCCCAAAUCGGAAGCUGCGCUCAUGCGGGGAAUUGGAAUUUCUGAUCUCCGUUGACCCUCGCCAUCAUGACCUCAAAAGCCAUCAAAUGCCUCGCAGACACAUACAAAUGGUAAGUUUCUUUGACCACCUAGUAAGUGCUGAUCUCCGACAGAUUUUUCUGCUUCGAUUCUGCGCAAGAUACUAGUAUAUUACCCAUUCCACCGCCAGCAAUUCCACCGUGACACAACCUGCUCCUCGUGUCCUAGUCCCCUCCCAUCCACAAACACUCUCCACCAUGUCUCUCGCAACUCUUGAUACUUCGCAGCAUGCCAAUCUGCCGUCCUCCUCGGCGACCCUGUUCCAGGCAAAGGCGGAGAAAGGUGUGACUUUUGAAGAGCUAGCCAAAGCGUUGGGACGAGACGAAGUCGCCGUGGCUGCGAUCUUCUACGGCCAGACCAAAGCCUCACCAGAGGAUAUCGAAAAACUGUCACAAUUCCUUAAUAUUGAUCAUGCAACGCUCAAAACGCAGCUGAGUGGCUUUCCUGAUCGAGGCAAGAGCGUUGAGAUGCCUCCUAAAGAGCCCUUGAUCUAUCGACUGUAUGAGAUUGUGCAAAACUAUGGCUAUGCAUACAAGGCUGUUUUGAACGAGAAGUUUGGGGAUGGAAUCAUGAGCGCUAUUGCAUUUUCGACUUCGGUGGAAAAGGAAGUCGACAAGGAUGGUGUCACAUGGGUGAAUAUCAAGCUGCGCGGCAAGUGGCUGCCAUUCACUCGAUUCUAGGGGGAUAACCCAGACCCAGCAACAAAGCAAGUCUACCAUCACGUCGUGCUUGCAUGGCUCUGGUCUCGAGAUGUCAUUGGGCAGCGAAGAACAAUAUCAAGCAUUCCUGACAACAAUAUUAAGCCUUCCGGUCUACGAAUUCAGUCAGCGACGACACCUUGGUUUCUUUGUACAUUGUAUCCUACAUCCUACAUCUAUCUGAAACUAGGUCGGAAGCAGACUCGAAUGAGUCAAUUUGGCCAAUCCUUCUUUGUGA